GUUCCUGUCGCUCCGGCAGAGACCGAGAGUGCGGAAUAAGAAGCGGAGGUGGCAUGGCGGAGAAGAGCCCUGACCCGAGCGGCUCUGUGGCCCGGAGGUGUCUCGGCUUGUGUGCGGCUGACCGGAUACACUCACCCACAAGCGCCGCGGCCAAGUGGGUUCGCCUUAACGUCGGCGGCACGUACUUCCUGACCACCAGGCAAACCCUGUGCAGAGACCCCAAGUCGUUCCUGUACCGCCUGUGCCAGGCCGACCCGGACCUGGACUCGGACAAGGAUGAAACGGGUGCGUACUUGAUCGACCGGGACCCGACUUACUUCGGUCCAGUCCUCAAUUAUCUGAGACAUGGAAAGCUGGUGCUCAACCGAGGCCUUGCAGAAGAAGGUGUUCUAGAAGAGGCUGAGUUUUAUAACAUCACUUCGUUGAUAAAACUAGUGAAAGACAAAAUCAGGGAGCGGGACUGCAAAACGUCUCAGCUUCCUGUAAAACAUGUCUACCGAGUCCUCCAGUGCCAAGAGGAGGAACUCACUCAGAUGGUCUCUACCAUGUCUGACGGCUGGAAGUUUGAACAGCUGGUCAGCAUCGGCUCGUCGUAUAACUACGGAAACGAGGACCAGGCGGAGUUCCUCUGCGUCGUGUCCAAGGAGCUGCACAAUCAGUCAUACGGCACAAACAGCGAGCAGAGUGACAAGGCGAAGAUUCUUCAAGAACAAGGCUCUCGAAUGUGACUGUGAAGCAGCUGCGCUGUCUCGUGUGUUGGGUCCGACACAAAAUGACGACAUGCAAAACAGAAGAGAAGCUAUUCAGAUUGGAGUUUUUUUAUUUUAUUCCUUUUCUUUCUUUGUAGAAGAACUAAGCAGGAUUGUGCAUGUCAGUUUCACGUUAAAGGGCAGAGUUUCUACGAUGGUCCAGUUUACUCUCAGGGUCUCAGCUUGACAUUCUGAAUACGAAUCCUUACCACCUCCACUCCAGUGAGCAGUUUCUUAUUCAAAGAAAGUGUAUAAUUUGUCAUGUUUUUAAAAAUGUGGUCAAAACCGUACGGUUACCAUAUUUGUGCAUUACAGGUGUUACCAAGGAAACCAUGCGCUGGUGUUGACCAGUGGUGUUUACCAUAUAUUACUUUUUUUUUUUCCUUCUUUAACAUGUACAACCGCAGGUUUUAUAUUUCAGCAUGUUUGUAGACGUCGUGAUGAUGGAACCUCUCUGACCCGCCUAGUGUUAGUCAAACCAGGGAGGAGGGGGAAAGCAUCAUGAUUUACUUCAAGGUUACAGUUACAACAAUUUUUUUUAAGUUUGAGGAAAAAAAAUGUAAAUGUCAAAAGGCGGUGCUGAACUUCGUCUUCCAAAGUUGGAUUCGUUCCAAAUGGUUUCCAGAGAUUUUUUUUUUUUGAACUUGCUAACUUUCAGGAGUUGAGUCAUAACUGCAAAUCCUUUCGUUUAUUGUGACUUUUUAAUUAAUUUAUUUACUUUUUUGCCUCAGCUGUUAAAAACGGCUUUAUUAUUGACACGACAACGACUGUUAGUAGGUAGAAUUAAGUUUUACUGACUGAUGGAGGAGAUGAAAGACACUUUGUGUGUAAAGCAUGAGCACACUAGGGGUGUACCGAUACAAAGUCCAAUACAGCACCAAACAUUGUAUUGGAGCAUAAAGACGCUAAAGUGUACAGUUUGAUAAUUUGAUUGAAAAGCAUUGUCUAGUGUUGGCUUUUUUUGUUUUGUUUUGAAAAGUGAUAUCCGUACACCCCUAAGUGGUGCCACGGUGUAGUUUAUAAUAACGAAUCGUACCUAAAACUGUAGCAGUAUGCAAUCGAGUAGAGACGAAUCUCAGAGCAAUUUCUAAAAAAAAAAAUUCCCAAUCGUUUGCUUCAGUCCUAUUUUAUAGUUUUUAUAUUCGUAUGAAUAAUUUUCUGAUGUUGCCUUUAUGUAAUGACCAACAAAAUGUCUGAAUUUCAUCGCGGUCAGGGACACGCAAGCUAACGGCUUUACCAGGCUACGAGCAUGUCUGCAACACUGUAUAUAGAAUAAAGUGUCGUAUUCAGACAUCAGUAGCGCACGCUGACUUUCCCUACGUCUAUCUUUCACACGCAAAGGGCUUUUAAGGAGUAAAUGAGGUAUAAGUCUCACAGAGGUCCAGACGAGAUCUCGAUACAGCCUGAUCGAGGCUACGUUUACAUGCCUAGUGUUUUUUCUAAGCGAUCAUUUUUCACGUUUACGUACACGGACCGUGGCACCAUAGCGCAGUUUAGCUUUUUUUUUUUUUUUUUUUUUUUAAUAUAAAUACUUCUGUUUACAUAUCGUCAUUCUCAAACUAGUUAAUGUGUCUUAGCAAUCCGAGAACCUUUUGGUCCUCACCAGUGGAGCGAUGACAGACUGGCUCACUGCACCAGUGUCUUGUGAAACAACAUGCCUUCGUUCCCUGAGGCUGAAGAGUGUCGGCCGUCACGGCGCUGCACUUUCUCCGGAACUCACUCGCAGGGAGGUGUAGCCUUCCUCGCAUGGGCACUCAGACGCCUCACUCCCUCUGCACGGUUGCCUAUUUCCCUUCGUUACCCUUGUCUUUUUUUUUUUUUCUUUCUUUCUUUACCCCUUCAUGUAUGGAGCUAAUUUUUUAUUUUUGCAUGCAGUCUGUAUUUUUAAAACAAGCAGAAGCAGACCCAAAAUAGCAUCUGCUCCACCUUAUCACUGCUGUUCCUAUAUUACUAUCCUAUAAAAUGUAUUUUUUUGUAUUGAUAUUUUUAUGCUAUUAUUAUUAUUAUUAUUAUUAUUGUUAUUGUGCUUGCAAGUUAACAACUGAGAAUGUAUAUGAUGGUAAUGCUAGAUCCAGGUCUAUCUUAAUAAAACCUUUGUUGAAUUGCA